AUUCUACGAUAAUUUUCGUAUGCAAACUACUAGACAAUUAAUAGUUAUUGAUACAGUUUAUGGAUGUUUGUAUUGGAUUUAUCCGUCAGGUUUGAUAGCAAAUAGGUAAACACAUGAAAAAACGAUUGUGGUGCAGAUAUUUAUUGGUAAAAUCUACUUUCAGGAGGAAUUCUGGCCAAGAUAUGAGCCCAACAGAAUCAAAAUAACACAGAGGCUCUGUGUUCCAAUAUUGGUAUACAGUGUUGGUAUUGGUAAUGGAGGCAUAUAGAUUUCUCACUGGAUCAUUUCUUUAGUUCUAUUCAAGGCCCUGGUGUGUGUAGUUCACUGAAUAGGACAAAAAUAUUUAAAUUUAUUGACAACUCUGGACAAGUCAUGAAACUUCUAAGAGCAACUUUGGAGAAAUAUGCAUGGAUUUUACUAUUGUGUUAAUUCUUUUAUCAAUGCAUACACAUAGAUCAGCAUUUAUCAUUUAGUUGUGACCAUUUAUCGCUCAUCCAAGAUGGCAAAAGAAAAUAAUGGCACUGGAUCUAAAGAACAUAGUGUCCAUUACAAAGUUGACGAUCAGGAAGUCAUUCGGAUGGAUUCAAUUUCCUCUAACUCUCCAUGUCGACAGCAACAGCAGUCAGGGUGGCUCAACUUGCCAAGGCUAUUUGAGCGGUCUGGAAGUUGGUGGCCAAGUCCAACAUUUGAUUCUAGUAUUCUUGAAAAAGCCCAGUGGAACACAUACUUUCCUCAAACACGUAGGAGGUUCCAGUAUGCUUUGUUUUACAUCUUUGCUGCUUGUGUUGUUUGGACAAUAUAUUUCGGAUUUACGAAGGAAUAUUCAGAUCACUGGCCCAACUUUUUGAUUGGAACAGUUGUUCUUUUAUGCUUGAUCGGAGUUGUAAUAGGUUUUACAUACACAAAAUAUUAUCAGAGGUUCUACCUUGCAACAUCAGUCAUAGUUUCCAUCAUAAUAUAUGCUGGUAUAAUUCUUUCUAUGGUGGUUUAUACCAAAUCAGACCUUUCAACCAUAGGAUCAUUUACAGCAACUAUUGAAAUUUUACUUAUGAUGUACAGUGUGAUUCCAAUGCCCCUCUUCUUGACUAUUGCAAUGGGUGGUUGCUAUUCCAUUGUUCUUGAAGUGUUGACUGCAAGGCAGAAUAUGUAUAUGCAAGCCCCAGUAUUUAUUGCAGGGAAAAUACUCCUUCAUUUUUGCAUACAUCUCAUGGGUGUGCACAUCUUUAUCAUGAGACAAGUUCGCCAAAGAAGCACAUUCUGGAAAAUUGGACAGUCUGCAAUUGCAAGGCAAGACCUUGAAGUUGAGCGAGAAAUCAGGGAAAAGAUGAUCCAUUCACUCAUGCCUCCAUCAGUAGCUUCUGAAGUGAUAAAAACCAGGGCAGAUGGCGCAGAUAAAGAUGAUGAACCCAACGAGGUUCCUACUAAAAAACGAGGAUCCAAGGGAAAAGUUCCAACCAAAGGCCAGAUGAUAUUCAGGACAUUCAACAUGAACAAAAUGGACAAUGUUAGCAUACUGUUUGCGGAUAUUGUAGGUUUCACCAAAAUGAGCUCAAACAAAACUGCGGAAGUUCUUGUAGGUCAGCUGAAUGACUUGUUCGGAAGAUUUGAUGAUCUCUGUACAAGAUCAGGGUGUGAAAAAAUCAGUACUUUGGGAGACUGCUAUUACUGUGUAUCCGGUUGUCCUGAGCCUAAGGUAGAUCAUGCAAAAUGCUGCGUGGAAAUGGGACUCGGAAUGAUCGCAGCAAUCAUUAAAUUUGAUGAAGACAAUAAUGAGCAGGUGAACAUGAGGGUAGGAGUGCACACGGGAACAGUUCUCUGCGGUAUAGUAGGGACACGGAGGUUCAAAUUUGAUGUGUGGUCGAAUGACGUAACCCUCGCGAAUGAGAUGGAGUCAUCCGGUAAGCCUGGCUGCGUUCACAUCUCCGAACACACCCUUGGGUUUCUGGACGAUGAGUAUGAAGUAGAGGCAGGAGAGGAAGUGGAAGAUAAUCGAUCGGAGAAGAAGAUUGUAGAAGCUUAUGACAAGAUGACGUCGCGGUACGCUGUCAAACAUGCAACCUGGGAUAAGAAGAUCAAGACAUUCUUCAUUGUGGCAAGGAGGGACAAGCGAGCGCCUAUGGUUUCUGCGGAUGCAACAAGACCAGCAGAUACGAUUGUGAAUGUGGACGGAGAGCUUGGGGCUAACUCCACAGAGUCAGAGUCCCUGAUGAAGGAUAACACCGCCAUGGAGACAGCAGAUGCUAAUGGCGUAGCUACAACGGCGAUGCUGGUCAAGAGCCAUCUGAACAACUCGCUGAACCAACUAAACAGUCCACAUGAAUCAAAAGUGAAUCAAACUCACACUGUUGCUAAGGAAACAAAAGCAAGUGAUAUACAUGUAACACUACGGAAAGAUACAACAGACCUGGACAAUGAACCAAUUAAUGAAACAUGGACAAAGAUUCGCAACAUCAACUACCACUCUGACAAGCAGCUUGUGCGCAUUCUGGACGGAAUUAAGGAGAAGGAAUACUUCUUUAAACCGCCGAUCAACCGAUUUAUGCUCUCAUUCCAAGAUUCCAAUCUUGAGGAUAAUUAUCGAGACCACUUUAUGGAGGACCAACACAAUGAGCGAACAAUCUCGGCACCAAAGUACCACUCGUUUCUGGAAAUUUUCGUCUCGUUCGUUGUUUUCAUUAUCGUCUCAAUUUUCUGUUUCCUGGUAUUUGACCGCAAUUUGCCUUGGAUCAUUUUCUUCGCUGUGACAAUGAUUAUUGAGAUUCUGAACAUUAUACGAGGAGCCUUGACAAUCGAGUUCGCGGAAAACAAAGAUGGUGGAGCGUGGCUUAAGAUGAUCAGUUUCACCUCUGGCUGGUAUUGUAGAAACAUCCUCGGGGUGUUCGCAGCGAGUAUCCCCUUGCUUGCAGUUUUCACCAACUUCUCGUGCAUUCUUAUGAAUGUUGGACUAUGGACGGACAGGUUCUUCUGUUUCUGCAUAGUCGUCUGUCUUCUCCAUUAUACAAACUUCACGACUCUCAGUUCCUGGCUGAAAACGGUGCUGGCGUUCUUGGCAGGGGGCGUUCUCAUCGUGCUUAUCACUGUUGUGAAAUGUCUGGACACUGAAAACAGCAAUCUCAACACGACCACAUCAUCUCCCCUAGGUGCAACCACUAUGAUGUACAUCAACACCACACUAGGAAACAUCACAGAAGUUGAUGGCCCCGACAGCACUUCUUCACCUCUGAAGAUUAACCUCCCGUUGUUCGGAGGAUUUUCGAUUCUUCACAUAGAAAUCAUCUUGGACAUGUUGCUCCUUAUCUUACUGAUAGGUUUUCUCAAUUACGAGUCAGAGACGAGCUACAGGCAUAACUACCACGGGGACGCCCAAGCGUGGGAGUACAAACAAAUCAUGCAGGAACACAAGGACCAGGCAGAUUGGCUUUUACAUAACAUUCUUCCUCCCCAUGUUUCCGAUAUCGUUCGUCAGACGUCUAAAUACUCCAAGAACCACAAGGAUGUUGGUGUUAUUUUCGCUGCCAUCGUCAAUUUUAAUGAUAUUUACGAUGAGUCAUUCGAAGGUGGUCGAGAGUUCUUAAGAGUGUUGAACGAACUUGUCAGCGAUUACGAGGACUUGCUUGAUCGCGACGAGUUUCAAGAUGUUGAAAAGAUUAAGACAAUCAGCAGUACAUUCAUGGCAGCAUCAGGUUUGAACGAGGUCCAACGUGCAAAGAAUAAACAUCAAUACGCACAUUUGUACUCUCUCAUUAUGUUUUGUGUAGAGUUGCACCAUUCAAUACAGAGGUUCAACGACAGUAUUUUCAAUUUCGACUUCAUAUUGAAUAUAGGUUACAACUAUGGGGAGGUAACUGCUGGGGUUAUCGGAACAACAAAGCUACUGUACGAUAUCUGGGGCGAUACCGUGAACAUCUCGAGUCGAAUGUACUCAACAGGCGUGGCUGGGAGAAUUCAAGUGCCUGAGAGGACGGCAAACUUGCUCGGAGACAAAAUGAACUUUGACUAUCGAGGGGAGAUAAGCGUGAAAGGCAAGGGUGUGAUGAAGACUUAUCUCUUUGUGGAUAUGAAGCCGGGCGCCAGUUGGGAAUAAUGAAAGUUUUAGGUUUAGGAUAAUUAUAAGCCCUGAUAAUCUUAUCAAUGAUUUUAUGAUAAAUUAUCGUAUUAAUCAUAAUAUUUUAUGAUAAUUAAUUUCAAGUUUGUUUUUUAAUCUUUAUUUUCUUAGAAAAUAUGCUUAUUUCAAUUUAUUUUACUGAUAUAAUUAAAAUACGGUAUACACAUUGUUGGCAUUUGAAAUCUUUCUUUAUUGUUUAAAUGCUAGAAACUUUUAGGAAUUUAGUAAAUAAAUUUUGUAUGUGAUUUUUUUCUACAUGUAUUAUUAUAAGCAAUUAGUAAUGUGAGAAAAAAAAAUGAAAAUUAAAAAACAAAAUCUAUAAGUGUCCUUUUCAUCACAGCACAGGAAGUCAAAGAGCUUUUGUCUAUUCAAAGUUCCAAAGAGUCGUCAAAGAGUCUUUGUCUCUUUAAAGCUCCACAGAGCUAAAUUUUGUAUAAUAUGUGUCUUGCCAAUUUAAAAAACAACUAAGCAGGUAUUUGUUAUGACCUCUCUGUGUGUUAAGAUCCAAUUAAUUUCAAUGUUGCUUAUGGAAAAUCAGAACUAUUUAACAUGGAUAAAAGAUAAAUCAAGAAAACAAAAUUAUUUUAGAAACAUUUUUCGAAGAUUUUUCUAUUUAUUUUUGUGUAAAAUGUAAUCAAAAAUUUACAUUUUAAAAUAAGAAUCUGGGGACUCUUUCAAAAGAGAUCCAAGUCAAUUUUAGUCAUAAACUGAAAAAAAAUCUUGGUGUCAUAUUUUUGUUAUUUUGCUAUAUAUUUGUGAAAAUUGAACUUGAGCCAGUAUUAAAAAAGUGAGGAAUAAUAUUUUUUGAAUGUGUUGCCAUUUGUAACGUUUAUACAGAUUUAAGAUAUUUGAAGUUUAUAACGACUAAAUUCCUUCACUACUGGGUGAGUACCUAAAUCGGAACAGUACCUAAAUAUGGAACACCCAUUAUAACAGUGUUUUUCCGAUCGAGAUCAGUUUAUUUACGAUUUUAAUCAAUAAAGACGCUUGCUUUAGAUACAAGUUCCAAAGAACACGAUUCUCCGGUAAGUAUUUCAAAUACUGCUACCAUUUAAAGUUUUUUAUGUUCAAAUGUUAAUACAUGGCACACGGAGUCACAAUCACAGCAUACUGGUACAGCCUGUAUUUUAGUGAAAUCAUAUACAAAAAAAAUACAAGCUGGAAAUAACAUAAAUUAUUAAUUUACUUAAACAAAUCAUGGAGCAAUAAUUUUAAAAGAAUACAUAAAAAUAAAUAACAAAUUAAAACUGUUCCAUAUUUAGGUACCCCAAGGACAAAAAUGGCAGUCCUUAAUUGUGCGGUUAAUAAAGACCUUUUCAUGCAGAUUGGUUGUAAUUUGAAAAAUGCCAUUUAUAUCAACAAAUUGGCCUUGAAUCCUAGUAUGCUGAUGGAAAAUUGUGUAGUUGUGGUUCAAAUCUAACUAAAAUUAUUUCAAAAAUAGUGCCUAAAGUGUUCCGAUUUAAGUACUCAUCCAGUGAAGUUUAUUGAAAUGGCGUCCAGGAAAUAUAUUUUGUUGAAUAUAACAGUAUCAGGCAUAAUGUCCCUGACAUGGUUAUCUUUUUUGAUUGGAUGCAAAGAUUUGCUAUUUAACUGAAAACACUUCACUGGUUUUAUACUGAAAACAAUAAUUGAUACAUUUAAUUUUUAAGAGUUUACUGGCAGUUACGGAUAAUAGACUAUGUCAAAGACUGACUGAGUUCUCGUUUUGAGAAUGAAAAGAGUCAAUAUCAUUUAGUGUUAGUUUUAAUCAAACCAUUAUUUUUCUCCAUUUUAGAUAUUAAUUAUACAAAGUAAGGGAAGGCCUUAACAUUUUUGAAGAUGUUAAUAUAUUAAUUUUUACCAUUAUUUAAAAAACAUGGCUAUCAAGAUAUUGAUUAAAAAAACCCUCAUUUUAUGACAUUUACACAAAAAUCUCUUUAAACAUUACGGAGAAUAUUAUAUUUAUUUUUGUACGAAAAGUUAAUGAAAAUAUACUUUCAACAUUUUUUUUAUUUUUAGUGUGUAUUUAUCAUAAUUAUGUUAUUGUAGUAUAUAGCACAGGUCUUUUAUCGCACAAACUUUUCUCUUGAUUGUUGCAUUUUAUCGCAUUUACUUCUCAGUCUUGUACAUAAUGGGGUCCCCUUGUCAACGAAUAUAUGGGACAAAUUAAUGUAAAAACACAUCACAUAUUCAAUAGGGGUUCUUAAGUUUAUGAUUAAUUCUGUUAUCAGACUAUUGUACAGUUGUAAAGAUUUUUUUGCUCUGAUAUUUUCAUCAAAAACUGUAGUAAGAACCUUGAAAUGAAUAUAAAUGACUUCAAAAGGGGUUUAGCCCCUUAUCCCUACUUUGGGCAUGAAACCCUCAUGCUUAAACAGACUCCCGGCUAUCCUUCAGGAUGACAAUUAUCAAAUGUUAAAACCCCUGAUUUUAUUUAAAUAUGAAGUACCUGUUGCCGUCUAUAUCAAACACUUUCAAACUCAAACAGAGAGUUACUGUAACCUAUUAAAUAAUUUGUUAAAUUUAUAUUGCUAUCUGGGAUCAAAUGUUUUUUUUAGAAAUUGCGAUGAUCCAAUAUAUUCGUUGAUAAGGCUGGGCCUAUGUUACUGUGAUAGAUUUAUUUGUUGUUAUUUUAAUACUUUCACAAUAUACGUAAUUAUCUCACUUUAUAUCAGCAUUUGUUUUGUAGUUUUUUUCACUGUGAUUAACUUUCAUGUAAUAGAAAGAAAUUGUGUAGUGGUAUAGGUGUCUGCCUCUUGUCAUAGAGGUUGACGGUUUGAUCCCCACCAGUAGCACGUUCUCUUGGCCCCUCACCAAGGACACUAGAACAGUCACUGGUUUAUGCCAAGAAAAAGGACUCAAGCAUGGUAAGAAAAUGGUAUAUAAAUUAAUAUAUUUAAAAAUAGUCUGGAUCAUGUAUUGUGUAUAGAAUUAAUUUAUGGAUCUGGAAAAAAAAUGAUUAAAAAUUGGAUAUCCAAGCAAUUAAUUAGAUGAUUGCCAUUGAUAAUGAGUCAAACAUUUUUGGCUUGAACUUCCAGAGACUGGUGAGAAAAGUUCAAGAUUUUAGCCAUGUGGGAAUGCUUACAUUAACUAUUAAGACAUUGGUCCUUAACAUCCAGUUUGAGCCAAAGAGGAAUUCGAGCCAAGAGAGUUCUAGCAAAUGAGGUACGACUGUACCAAAUUUUUUCAGCAAAAUAAUAUAUUGAAUUCAAGUAAAUGGGCAUUUGUAUGUACAGGGUUAUCAUGUGACUAGUAAAUCUCGCUAUUGGUUUAACAGUUGUGAAUAUUUAUAUAAUGGUGGUUUGGUGUCUUGUCAGUUUUUAUUAAAGGUUUUUGAUAUUGCAGAAGUAUCUUGAAUAUAUGAAUUUCUAGCCCACCGGAUAGGCAUUUCCGGUGACGUCAUCCGUGCUGGAAAAUCCCAUCUGGCAUCCCCCCAUGCCAGAUGAGUCACGCGCUGUGACGUUAUACUUUUUAUUUCUUUUAUUAUAUACUUUAAGUAACCAUAAUUAUGAGAUGUCAAUAGAUGAGUUUCAUAAACAUUAACUUUGCAAAAAUAUAUCUUCACAACAAAUCGAAAUAACCCUUCAAAAAAUGAGCAUUUUUAUGCAGUUUCUCACAAAAAAAAAUAAUUAAGGUAUGCUAGAAAAAAUAUCUAUCAUGCGUAUCCGUUCCGGAUAGAAAAAUCCGACCCUCGUGCACGCUGCGUAGCCGGUAACUCGGCAAGCCUCGUUACCAGGCAACGCAGGUGCCCUCGGGCUGGAUUUUUCUAUCCGGAACAGGAACACAUGACAGAUAUUAUUAAUCUGUCUGAACACCAUUGUGGUUUCUGUCUUGUCUCAUGUAAUCAAGUAAGAAUAUCGCUCGAAACUAAAGAGAAUUCAUGUAUAUAUACAUUUUGCAUUUUAUAUAAAUACAUUUAUAUUAUACAAAUAUUUAUUUCAUUUUGAAGUGUUAAAAUUUCUAGCUUUGAUUAUGAAUGUAAAUGGUAUUAUAAUGUAAAUACUAGUUAACACAUCAAGUCUAGAAUGUAAUGACUUUACUUGAUUCAUAUUUUUUUUAGUUGUGAAAUUUUUAUUUGUGCUUAUUUUUGGUUUGCUCAAUCAUAGCUUGUUUUAAGUUUAGUGUUCGAAGUUAUUGUUUAAAUUUUAGGUGACUUUAAAUUAAUUGCAAGAUUUUUAUCCCCGCCAGUCCCCUCUUUUUUCCGCUGCCCCUUAAAAUGUAUUGACUCGACUAAAAAUGUUUAACUAAGAUCUGUAUUUGCGUAUCUGUUCGGUACUCUCCGGAAACAGCGUUUAUUUAUACCUACAUACACAUGUAAAAAGGGGGAAUUGUUACGAUCUUUUUCGUGGUUCGCCUGAAAAAACAUCAUGUUUAUGAUCCUUAAUGCAAAAACACAUAUUAAACGGUGAAACAGUCAUCUAUGAAGAAAAAAAGUGUCACUUCCGCCAUUUAAAAAUAAAAUGGAUAAAAAUCUAGCAUUUAAUUCAUACUGUCACUUAAUCUUAUGUAAGUGACUAUCAUAUUUAUGCCUAUUUUGAUUUUGUUUGGAGCACAAUUGUUGUUUUGUUCUUUCCAUGUCUGGUAAGAUAACAGUUUUUUUCAAAUCUGAGGUACUAUUAAUUAAGUAAAUGAUCAGUCAACCCUUAUUGAUUUAAUUUCGGUGAAUCGGUACGAGGCAGGGAGAGUAGACAAAAUAUAACCUAAACCACUAGCCUGCGACACACCAGGGCCAAUUAUUUUUAUUCUACCAUUAACGUUUAAAUAUUACAUACAUUUUCAUUGUUUUUACCCCACAGCACAUGCUAAAAUUACAGGAGAAAAGACUUGAUGAGUUGUGAACAAAGUCUGUUGUCAGAUAUUACUGAACAUAAUUUUAUAUAAUGAUUUGAUUCUGCAUUGUGACUUGGUUGCUCAAUCUUGUUUCAAAGAAGUCAUAUAGUCAAGAAAUGAAUAAAUAAUGUUAUAUAUAAACGUGAGUUUGAUAAAUUACUUUAAAUUUGUUGCUAAUAAUAAUGCAUCACUUCAAAGAGUCUACAAAAUGGAGUAUGAAUUUAACUAAAUGUUUUAACUCUGAGACUGGUUUCUUUUUAUUUAAUUUUUGUCUCCUUUUAUAUUCUUUAUAUCAUAACGCAUUCUUAUAUUAUUUAUGCAUCUUAUGUUUAUCUGUUUCAUAGAUACAAACAUUAUUAUUAUAAUAUAUCUGUAUUCUUACCUGUAUUCAUAGCCACAUUGCUGCAUGUAUUUUUAUCAAGAGGUUUUACAGUUCACAUAACAUUUUAGUGUUUUAAAUUCAUAGGAGGCAUUUAGUAAAUUUUGUCGUUAUAUUGAUGUAUUAUUUUACUGGUUAACUUUACUCAUGGUUCUGUAGUGUUACUGAUCACUGUUUUGGUGAGCUUGAAGUAUUCUAAUAAAUAUAAAAAAUU